GCGACUUCUUCUUCCAUGGCUGUAGUUUACUGGAAAGGAAUCGACGGCUGCGAUCCAUGAGCUGGCUUGAGCUGAGAAAUAAAAAAUCACUAAAUAUGUCCAAAUCGGGAUGAGUAAAUAAAUAUCUGGGGAUAUUCACUUAAUAUUUCUCUAUUUAUUUACUUUGUCGUUGUUUAAUUAAUUUAAAAUUUUCAGUUGACGGCCUUUAAAUGUCCUAACUUGAGUUCCUUCAUAACAGCUUCUUUGAAGCUCAGCAGAAAUGAUGCUUCUACGAUUAGUCUUUCCUAAUUAUUUUGAAGGAAACCUUUUUACUUUCACUGAUAAUUGCUGAGUCUUCUCUUUUGUAACCCUCGAAUGAAUUCUUCUCUUCUGAAUUGGUGCAAAGAGCACAGCGUUGAACUCGAUAGUAGACUGCUCUUGCUAACUGACAGGGUCUUGUCCAAUGACUACAUUCUAAAGAGCACCCCUAUCGCAAAAGUACCGAAGGAUGCUUUACUCACGAUCAGAAAUUCUUCAAUGCAUCAACAAUUAUCUCAACUCAACCAGAGUCGCGUCGUUUUACUCUCUUUUGCCUUGGCUUUUGAAAUACAUCGAGGUGAAAGAAGCACGUGGCUGAGCUACAUAGAGUCACUACCAAAAGAGGCACCUGAUAUAGCCUCACUCUGGCUACCAACUCCAGAAAUGGAUGGUAUGGAGCUCGCGAAGGAAUUGGACAGUCUAUGUAACACAAAGGAAGGCAUACGAGGACGACAUUCGAGAGCUCAGCUAGAGGAUAUCUUUCAUACUUCACUGGCUCCUCUAGCGGAUGGCAUUUCUUUCAAUGACUACCUCUACGCCUACGCUAUCACAUCAUCGAGACUUUUUACUAUAGAUAACUAUCACGACGUCGGGCUGGUCCCAGUCGCAGACUUAUUCAACCAUACGGAGGAAUCUACCGUAGAAUUCGAAUCAGAUACCCUUGUUUGUGGUUGUUGUGGUAAUCUUAGCCAUUCUCAAACAAACGACAAACAGACGGUCGAUAUAGUCACCACAGAGACCAUAGAACCCCACCAGGAGCUGUUUAACAGUUAUGGAGAUACACUCUCGAAUGUUCAGCUAGCCAUGGACUAUGGUUUCACUUUGGAUGCUAACGAAUUUGACAGAGUUCGUUUCGAUGGCGAUGCAAUAGCCUUCCAGUGGGAAUUCAAUGAUAGUGACCAGGAGUUGUUCGUCAAUGAUUGUAAUCUAUAUAUCGACUCAGAAGCUCGCGUCAGUCUGGGUCUAUUUGGAGUGACUGAUAUCGCGAUAAUAGACCACAUAGUUAUGGCCUACGAACAGUCAAGUAAGGUUGCUGAGAAACCAUUGCGUGAAUACAUACAAUGUCUUAUAGACAAAAUCGAUGCAAGAUUAAAAGAAUACCCUAUGCACGUUAAUAUCACAAAUGCGAUGCUUGUGCAAAUGCGCCAAGACGAGAUCGGAUUGCUAGAAACAUCCAAACGUAGAUUCAAAGAUUUAUUGUAA